CAGAGGUAUAAAACGUCCACAAAAUGGAAGGAGGAAAAAUUGGGGAACAACAAGGAUGGCCGUUGCCAGAGCUACAACCAUCAUGAUUCUCCGAGCUUUCAAUUCCCGCCAUUUCCCUUCCUCUUUUUUUACGCCGCCGUCUCUCUCGCCGUUGGGUUCCAUCGCUCUUCACUCUACCCACCGCCAAAUCAGCUCCGCCAAGGUCGUCUGCGCGGCGGCGUCCUCCUCCGACAAGAAGGUCUCCGCUCGCCUCUCUCAAGUUCAGCAGCUACUCCAUGAAGCCGAGGAACGGGCUAGCUCCGCCGGCGACGAACCUACUCCUCAAAUCACUCUCGACCAAGUAACUGUUAGCUUCGCUAGAAGUGGCGGCCCUGGAGGUCAGAAUGUGAACAAAGUGAACACCAAAGUGGACAUGCGCUUCAAUGUUAAAAAUGCAUACUGGCUAAGUGACAGGAUCAAGGAGAAGAUAUUGCAAACGGUUUGCCUCUGCUUCUUUCGCUCUUAUGGUAGGGAACACAAUGAGAAGAACAGAAUCAACAAAGAUGGUGAAAUUGUCAUUUCUUCGACUAGGACCAGAACCCAGAAGGGUAAUAUUGAUGAUGCCUUGGAAAAACUGCAGGCAAUCAUAGAAGCUGCAUCUUAUGUUCCACCACCUCCUUCAGAAGAGCAAAAGAAGAAAAUUGCAAAGCUAGCUGCCAUAGGUGAGCAGAGGAGACUGAAUAACAAGAAGGUUCUUUCAGAUAAGAAAGCUUUUAGAAGAAGCCGAGACAGCUGGGACUGAAUGACUGAUUAUCAAUACCUUCCUCUUUUGGAUUUCAUCAUCAUUAUACGUCUGUGGAUUGUAGGAUGAUCGGUAUCAAAUACACGAGCACUUACCACAAUACCAGUAUACAUACACUGGCAAAACAAGGCUCAAAGAAGGGGUUUCUUUUUGAGUUUUAGUAGACAGAGUUCCCCCUACAUUUUUUAGUUUCCACAUUCUGUCACGAAACUCGUGAAGCAACACUUGUAGGUAACUGGGCUUGUUUGUUUGAUGGAUUUGAAUUUGUCAUGAGUUUUGUCCAAAAUUCAUUGUUUGCUUGAUUCAUUAGGAGCAACAAAUCCGUGGGUUCCACGAACUUUAAGGGUCCAAAUCCGUGGACCCCACGGACUUAUAAAUCCCACAUGUUGAUGUGGGAUUUGGAAUAUGG